CAUGCGUUUAUAUCGAUUGCUGUGUUGGCAGACGGAAUGAAAGGAAGAGGACGCGGAUUGCUUGCAGUUGUGUCGAGAGAUCAAGAUAAAUCUGUUGGGCGUGUUGACCCGGAGCGAAGGAGCAUUUUUGAGUUGGAAAGGCAUACCAGCAAUCGAUGUCGUUCUGGUACUGUAGCUGCAACAGGAGGACAGUCUGUUAUCGAAUCCUCUUUUACAAGCCGCAAGACAAUUGAAAACAUUGUUUCGACUGGUUCGCCCGUGUCACGUGACGGACCCAACACGGAGACUGUUGCCACUUCACAAUUACCGCACGCAGAUUUGCAGCAAACUCCCUCUUCAUCAGCUGCAAGUGUAACUGCAUCACAUGACCCUACUGGAGAUCAAUCUUCGUAUCACGAAUGGCGACAUACAAGAUCUCGAUCACAAAGCAACCCAAGAUAUCAACAAGGACACCGUUUGAACCGACUAAGUCGUCAAAAUCAGAAGAAAUAUUACCAACAACUCGACUAUUUUCUUGAAGACCACAAGAGACAAGAGCUUCAGUCUGAUGUGAAACAGAUGAUAUCCAGAAACAGGGAAAGGACUCGUCAGAAAGAGGACAAAAUUAGGUUAUCAAGAGAGGCUCUUGAGGAAGAGAAGAGGAAACAGAUGGAGCUAAAGACCGAAAAGGAAAGGACUGAUGAAGACACGCCAACGAAAGAACAGCAAGGUAGUAAAGAAGUGGAACAAAAAGUCACAGCAAAUGACGUUGAAUCUGUACGAAAGCAACUGGAAGAUGUAUUGAAGCGAAUGACUAUCGAUACUUAUCAUGGAUGCAGAUCAGAGCUACUUGCCAUCUUGAAUUCAGACAUUCAUUCUAGUUCGAGUUUGGUCCAGACAUCAGUACAGCAGCCAUUACCUGUCAGUGUUGUUACUAUGCCAACAUCACCUGUACAAGGACUGUGUUAUAGUGGACAAGUUCGAUAUGUUCCAGUACAAGUUAUUCCCAUGGCUGGUGCUAACUGUAUGCCCCAGAUGGUUGCUGUCCAACCUUUGUCUGUUACCAUGCCAAGUACAACGCAAACAUCAGAAGCACAGUCACAACACGAAGCAGACAAGUCUUUCACCAAUUUCAACCAGGUACCACCCUGUGCUAUUUGCCACAGUGUUGAUCACAGAACCUACGGCUGUCGAGAUAGAGACAAAUGGUUUAUUAAUUAGAGAAAAGGUUGGCUAUUUAAUAGGGUAUAGGUUCGAUCUGUUAGUUCUAUGCUUACCAGAGUUCUAAGAACAAAUUCUUGGCAGACUGUAAUUUGUUCGCAAUUAUUCAACUGAGCUGAAAUGGUGACUCCAUGUGGACACGUUACUUACUGGUUUGCA